AUGUUUCGAUUUACCUUAAUAUUAUGGCUUGCUUUAGGACUAUGCAAGUCAGCACCAGUGGACGAAUUCAACGGUUUUAUAAAGCAAGGAGAAUUGUCAGCUAAUCCUGAUGGAGACUUAACGGGAAUUGUGCCUGGAUACCUUCCUCAGGGAUCUCAAAAAUCUGAUCUGUUUAGUGGCUUAUUGGGGUUACAAAGUGAAUACGUAACCUUGACAGAUUUCGUCCAAAAAAGUGCCAAUUUAAAAGGUCUUACUUUUAACAUCUACAAUGAGGAUAUGAAAGAUGUUGCCAAUGGUUUAUUUAAAUUACUAUAUAACGCAGAAGAUUUUGGCUAUGAUAUUGAAAAGAUAAUAAAUUUAAAUGAAUUUAAUGAUGACUUGGUAACGUACGCGAAGCAAAUAAAUUUGUUGUAUAGGGACAAAAAAUUUAAUGUCGAUGAAUAUCCACCACCUUUCACCACAAAACCGAACCAUUUUGUAAAUGGUGAAACUAUAGUAAAAGCUUUGAAACUUGCAAACUACAUUAACAAUGACAUAGAUAUCACAGAUGAGGCUAAUGUUGACCAGUACUUCAAGACUUAUGAUAUUCUCACAAUUAACUCUAACUAUUCUGGUUGGAACCUGCCAGAGAAUGGAGGUGAAGAGUUGUUGAACUACUUCAGAGAAGACAUAGGAUUGAAUAGUUACUACUACGGCGUGCACUUGAUGCAUCCUUUUUGGUUGUUUCAUAAUAAACUGUAUACAGCAAACUCAAGGUCAGAUGAACAUUACUAUUACAUUCACCAGCAGUUGGCAGCACGUUUAUACCUUGAGAAAGAACAUUUGCGUCAGGAAAACGUGACUAAGAAAACUGAAUUUGGUGACUACCAUCCUUAUCUCAUUCAUGAGAAUGGAUUGCCUUUCCCGACCAGGUCAGGAACUAUGGGAGAUUGGAAUGAAGAUAGAGCUAAAAUCAAAUCUAUUGACAUUGCUAUUAAAGAGUGUAUGGCAAGAAGACUGAUUGUAAUAGAUAGGAAAACUAUAGAAUUAACUGAAGAAAAUUAUGUGAAAUUACUGACCCGAUUAUUCAGAGGUAAUUUUGAGGUUGGCAAAGUUUCUAAAGUUAUAAGGUCUUUGUUUGGUUAUGGUGGAAAUGGAUAUCCAAUUGAAGGAUAUAACCCAGCACCAUCUUUACUACACCAUCCAGAAACAUCAUUAAGAGAUCCAAUAUACUGGUACAUGAUGCAGUACGUUAUCAACUACUUUACUGAAUUCACGGAGUUCAUCGAACCACUUUAUAUGCAAAAGGAUGAUGCCACAAAACACUGUGAAAUUAUUGAAGCUGAUUUACCAAAAAUAACAACGUAUUUUAGCUACUACCAAUUUGAUAUCAGCAAUGCUGUCUUCAAAACAGAUUCUCCAGAAGAUAGAAUGCCAUUGACAAUAACAGCGCGACAGAAAAGACUUAAACAUUCCAAGUUUGAAUUUAACUUUACCGUUGAUUGUACCGGUGUGAAGGAUACUAUUGUUCGAUUGUUCCUUGGACCACCGUGUACUGACAGAUGUUGGGAGGAAUAUACACACUUUUUCGAACUAGAUAAGUUUGCCUUUGCUCCAGCAGAAGAAGGAUUAAGCACCAUAAUCUGGUCACCAGAGAUUUCAACUAGAUUCUCAGAUGACGAAUAUUAUAAUUUGGAAGGCUCAUCAUCACAAACAGAUAAAACAAAUAAUUUUAAUCUAUUUAAGUUUCCAGAAAAUCUUAUUAUACCUAGAGGUACUCCAAAUGGACUGAAUCUUACAUUAUUUAUCAUGAUUACACCAGCUGACGAAUAUUUAGAUGAACAUACUUUUAUCAAAUUCUUUGGCGAAAUAAGAAACGAUCUUGACAAUAAACCGGCAGGAUAUCCCUUUAAUAGGCCAGCAGUUGGGUACUAUGACGAUGCUCCUAAUUAUAAAUUCUAUAACAUCACAAUAUAUCAUAAGAAAAACCACAUUUCAAAGAAUGGUUACUUCUCACCUCACUUGCAUUAA